AUGGCUACUACUACGGCCACUCCAGCAAAAGAGGUUUUGCCGUUGAAGGGGGUCAAAGUGUUGGAUAUGACUAGAGUGCUUGCCGGGCCAUACUGCACACAAAUCCUCGGCGACCUAGGCGCCGAAGUAAUCAAAAUCGAACACCCAACCCGCGGCGACGACACACGAGCCUGGGGCCCACCUUAUGCAGCCCACAUCUCACCCAACUCCACGCCAACCCAGAGAUCAUCUCCUGGAGAAUCAGCCUACUUCCUCUCCGUCAACCGCAACAAANAAUCUCUAGGAUUGUCCUUUCAAUCUCCUNCUGGUGUCGAAAUUCUCCACAAACUCGCUGCAGAGUGCGAUGUUCUUGUAGAGAAUUAUCUGCCGGGUGCGUUGAAGAAGUACAAGAUGGAUUAUGAGACAUUGAGUAAAGUCAAUCCAAAGUUGAUCUAUGCAAGUAUUACGGGAUAUGGGCAGACGGGUCCGUAUGCGAACAGGGCGGGUUAUGAUGUUAUGGUUGAAGCGUGA